AUGGCGUGCAUGAGAGAUGGAAGUGGAUAUUUUCAAUUGGCUGUUCAUUGGGACAAGUUCAAGAAACUUAAUCAGUUGUUCCUACGACAACUUUAUGCCCAAAAAUACGAUCCAAAUCCUAAGAAACACCGCAAACUUGGCUCUUUCUGCUUUCAACUUCGCCCACGUUUUUUGACCACUCGCGGAUCCUCCGUCCAAUUGCCCCCACCGUUGAUGCCUCUAGUGUUAAGAGGAGAAAAGCCUGGGGAAUCACUGUUUCACCUUUCAGAACCUUUUUCCCAUGGGAUAACUGCAGUCAAUGAAAGCCGGGAACGUUGA